GGGAGCAAGACGACACUCUAAUUUGACUCACCAACCCCUAAUCAAAUGGCGUUUUUGGCGCACUUGCCAUUUAUUGAAAUGGCGUCCAUAUGAUGUCAUAUCCUGGGCAGUAAUCGCGUGAACGAAAAGGAAAUAAGGCACAGACCGCCCCUUUUACUUCCUUUCCUUCCUCUGGCAGCGCGGAGAAAGGUAACGUGUUGGGGCCUUGCUCUCGAAAUUCAGCUACCGACCUAGCGUGGGUAAAACAAAGUCUCACCGAAACAUGCUGGUCUGUUAACUGAUUGUCCGUAGUCUAACUGGUCGGUGCUGCUGGUUUAGACAUGUUUAAUUUACAUGAGGGAGUUUCGGAUUAAGCUUCAGGCCUGGUGACUCUCUAUGAAGCAGGCUUGUGGGGUGGAAUGGGUGGCUGAUCUUUGCCGGCAUUAAUGUUUACUUUGAAGUGUCUGCAAACUUAAUAUCUCUUAACGCUUUGAUCAAUCAACUGUGUCUGGACACGUUUUCUUACGUGUAGCUUUAUGGGAAAAUAGUAAAGCGUUGUGGACGCGUUUAUGUGUGUGUUUUAACAUGGUGACAUUUUGUAAGAAGCGCGAGCGAACAUGCAGUUAGUAGCCAUCUUCCAAAAUUUGGAUGAGAGUGAGAAAUCCUUUUUAGGUCAGAUGUACAAUGCACUUGCAUUUAAGGGUGAGGAGGGGGUGUACUGGGGAAUGGUGUCUCUCAGUAUCUCUGGGUCUAUAAUAAAAUGGUAUACGAACAAUUUAACUCUUAUACUCUUUGAGUGUGAUAUGCAUUGUAUUUGUGGUUAAAGGGUUGCUGAAAGCAUUACAUUCACUGCAAGCACCCUGGUGCCAUUUCCUGCUAAUGGAGAAAAGUUUUACAAUGGUGUACCUUGGUAUCCAUGGGUGCUGAGGGUCCUCUAAUUGCCAGUACAUAUCUGGUAUCUGCAAAAGCCAGAUGCUGUACUAGUUCUUCAUUAGCUGAGAGUGUUAGUUGAAUGAAUGACACUUUGUGCUUAGAAAUAUUUUUGAGCUGCCUUAUGAUACCCUAAUGACGCUGCCGGAGAAGUUAAAAAGGAUUCAACUAUGUAGCGAAACUCUGCAAUAAUUUACAUACUCAAGGCACCAUGACGAUUUUAAAACCCUAACUGGUCCUUUAUUUUGCGUGUCAGACCUUGACAAUCAGGGCAUGUAAACUAAAGGGACACUGUAGGCACCCAGACCACUUCAGCUCAUUGUGUCCCAGUUGUACUUAAAACGUUUACAUUGCAGCUCUAAGUCUACCCACAGUAGCUGUCUUCCAGAAAGCAACUAGAGGGCUUCCUGUGUGGAAAUGAACAUUUUGGUCCGAUAUGACACUGGACGUCUUCACACUCCGAAUGAGGACCUCUAGUGUCAGAUUUUUUUUUUUUUUUCCCCAUUGGAAAGCAUUGAAUGAUGCAUUAUUUUUUUUUAAUUUAUUUUUUUUUAUGGGUAAACCUAAUGCGAGCGUGGCCAUUAGUGCGCAUGCCCAUUAGGUCUCCCCUGCUGACUGACUGCAUGGGCGGAGCCUGCUGAGUGACAUUGGUGUUGGAUUCAGGUAAGGGACUGAAGGCGAUUUAAGGCACUGUAGGGGUCUAUAGUACCAGGAAAACUUCUGUUUUCCUGGCACUAUAGAAUCCCUUUAAAUAAACUCUCAAAGAACUAUAACUACUACAGCCCACUGUAGUGGUUGUGUAAACACACAAACCCGUGUGUAACUGAUCAAAUUGUUUGCAAACUGUUGGACUACGUACCUCAAGGGCACCAGUCACUAUCUCCAAUGAGAGCUGGAAGGUUUUGCAAGAAACGUCCAUGAGCUCUUGUGAGCUAAGCACUCUUGUGCAGGACAGCUCAUUGGCAGUGUCUUGUCUGCUGUUUGCAGAUGAGCUAAUCUCUGCAUUGCUUGGCUUUGCUCAAUGCAGAGAGCUUUAGGCUUUCCUGGAGGUGGUGGCUGGUGCACCAGAUAAGUAGUCAAAAAGUUGGCAGUUUUUUUUUUUACCAUCAGAAAUUGUCGUGUUAUGUUAUAAAUCUAUGCAUAAUCUCAAUGACCAAAUAUACCUAAAACGUUGGCAAACAGUUUGACUGUUAACAUUGAGGUUGCCAGAGCACUCCUGGCACAAUAACCACUACAUAAUUUUGUAGUGCUUAUGGUGCUUUGUGUUCCUUUUAAAGAACACUAGCAUUAGGAAUACAAACCUGUCCCUAACUGUGUAUAGGUUACCCCCCUUUUUCAAUACACUUUUUUUUUUUUUUUUUUAAUAGCUACUCUCUCACUUUCCUUGGCACUGCUCACUUUUCAUUGCUUCCUCCAGCAAUGGUCCUAUUCAAAGCUCAUCAUAGAGGAGCAUUGGUGAUCUGAUGCUACACAUUCAGUGCCUAAUAGGGAAACUUUGAAUCCUGUGCUUUCACAUGUAACUGUUUCUGUUAGUGCAGCCAAAACACCUCUAGUGGCAGUCAGUAAGAAAGCCACUAGAAGUGAAUUUAACCCUGCAAUGUAAAUAUUGCAGUUUCUGAAAAGAAGAAAAAUAUGCAAUGUUUUACAUUGCAGGCUUAAAAUGGCAGAACAUCUGCACUCAGGUUACUUUAAUAGUCUUUUAUAGCAAUUUUGUUGCAUCUAAAAGUAUUAAGACAUAAAGACCAGCAUGUAAGGUUUCUUAUCUGGAAGGAGUGUUACAAUUUCAGGCUUGUUGUGUCCCUUUUAAAGGAGUAGUCUGCAAGAUGUUAGUGAAUAAUUGUUUUGAAGUUGAUCGAAAUUUAGCGUUAAUAGUUGCAAAGAAUGGUGAACUCCGUAAAUUUAGGUUUUCAGAAUAUUAAAUUGCUAUGAGAAAUCGUAACCCUGAACCUUCUGUUACAUUACUACACAAUUUCUUCUCCUAACAUGUAACUUUACAAUAAAAUUUUAACUUUUUUUUUUUAACUUAUUUUAGUGUCCCAAAAUGUCUGCUCACUUGCAAUGGAUGGUUAUUCGAAACUCCUCAAGUUUCCUUAUCAAGAGGAAUAAUCAAGUUUAUAGCACGGUAAGCAGAUGCAAUAUCUUCAUUUAAAAACGGAAUAGUGAUAUUCAAUAAACAAAUGUAUAUUCCUGGCACUAUAUAGGUCUUCAUAACGGUUUACACACCUCUUAUACUUCAGGUUAAAAAGGUGAUUCACUCCCUUUUCUUAGUGCUGUGUGGGCCUGGUUGUGGAUAAUCCUGCCCCCUUGGCUUGGAUCGUCACUCUUGAUGAUCUUCGCUAAUCUAAUGCUUUCCUAUUGGUGGCAAAACGCUGCACCGUUCAACAUCUACUCAGCGAUGCAGUGACUCAGUGCAUCUCUAUGGGGAAAAUUCAGUGUCUGUUUAUAGCCUGGCAACGCUGAACGCCAGUGGAUAUGCAGCACAAGAAGCACCUCUAGUGACUGCCACUGGGGUGUCCCUAGCCAGUAAUGUACACAUUCUAUGAAAAUGCCUGUAUGGUCAGGCUGUACUUGUUCUGGUGAUGAUAGUGUCACUUUAAGCUUCAUGUGGAGUGUUCUAGAAUUGCUAUAACUUUAGUUCAGAGCUGCAUUAACAUGUUGCUGGCUUAAGUGCCCAAACAUUGCUUACACAAUUCUGAGUUGUCUUAAAAACUGUUUUUGUGAGGCAAAUGUUUUGUUUAGCAAAAUACUACUUAUUUGAAAAGUGCUUUCUGCUGGAAAUUGUUGCAGUCUAAUUCAUAACCCAUUUUUCCAUGUAUUCACUAGCAAUUUGGCUGUUGUGUCUAUGAAUUAAUAACUAAACAUUUCUCACAAUUUUAAUCUUUUCUUGAAGGGUUUCUCCAAUCUAUAUCAAUAUAGCUCUGUGUUGAAUGCUGCACAUCACUCCCAUCACCAUGACUACUUUAAAAAGCAGAAAUGGUCAAGGGGAUUGAAGUAACCCUUUAAAUUACUGUCAUCCUGCUUCUGAUCUAUAUUUGUUGUUCAUUGCUACUUCUGUUUCUUUUUUCAUCUGUACCCAUCUCUCUACAUGUGUUAGAUUCUCUUUCUAGCCAUCCUCUUUGUCUAUGAAACACUGUCUACAUUUUGAAUUGAAAUUUCAGUCAGCGUGGCUAAAAGAUGUUUGUUCAGAGUUGGAUUAAAGGGACACUAUAGGCACUAAAACAACUUUAGCUUAAUGAAGCAGUUUUUGGUGUAUAGAUAAUGCCUUUGCAGUCUCGCUGGUCAAAACUAUGCCAUUUGUUUACAGAGCAGGUGAUACAAACUUCUAAAGCAAGUUAACACCUGAUUUAAAUUAACCAUUCUUUUCAUGCAAGCUGUGUCUCACAGCAAUGGGAGGCGUGGCUAAGGCUGCAUGGCCAGAAACACGUGAUUUAAAACAAAUGGUGGAAUAUUGAGCAGAGAGGCUGCAGGGGCAUUAUCUACAUGACCAAACUGCUAAAGUUAUUUUUAUGCCAAUAGUAUCACUUUAAAUUUGCCUUUCGUACACACUAAGUGUGCUGCUUCUUGCCUUGAGUGAUUCCUAAUGGGAGACUGGUAAGUGAUAGAUAUCUAGGGCAUCUCCUUGCCGUAGAGUUCUUGUUGGAUCUCCCAUAGACCACCCAUUUUGGACUCUAGUGAUUUCUCUACUUAUUAAAAAAUCUUUACCUUUGCAUUCAUCCCUGUGCUAAGGGCAUUUGGAUUAAAAUAUUUUUAUGUUGUAAAUCAAACACCUGCACCUAAUUUUGGUAAGUUUCAUUGACAAAUUUUUUGUUCUGUGCCACUAGGAACCGAACAACCUUAAGGCUCGGAACUCAUUCAGGUACAAUGGCCUAAUCCACAGGAAAACUGUUGGUGUAGAACCUGCUGCUGAUGGAAAGGGAGUAGUUGUCAUUCUGAAAAAGCGUGCAGGUAAUGUGUGUUUUAUUUUUUACAUUUUGUCUUCACCCUUCUGACCACACAUUAAAACCCUACACUGCAAGACAACUAGCCUCUCCUAUUUGCUGUGAUUGAUCAUUGAUGUUUGGGGACCUGUUACUGUUGUAGUGGGAUCUCAUAACUGCACCUACCCUGUUAUAGAUCCAGAUAUUCUAAACUGCUGCUUUUUAAAUGAUCCUCCAUGCCUAGGUCUCUACCUACAGCUCUUGAUGUAAACUCUUGCCCACUCAUCUGUCUGACCACUUCUUUGAUUCUACUCACCACAAUUCAUCUUUUCCUCUUCUUUCUCAUGGUGCUUUACUUUUAAUUUUUUAAAGGAAAACUAGAGGGUCAGGAACAUGAACAUGUAGUCCUCCUCAUCCUAUAGUGUUAAAACAACGAUCUGCCCCUUAACCCCUGAAAUAUAGUAAAAUAUUUCCUUUAUUCCCGUUUGCUGGUGCUGACUCUGCCUCCUUGGCUGUUAGGAAAAAGCAUUAGAUUGCCUGAGAUUGUCAAUUCUGACGAUCUAAUCCAAUGAUGUGUGGGGGCGGGCGCUAAACACCCCUUUACCAAUCAGCAUCUUCUCAUCAAGAUGCAUCAAAUCAAUGCAUCUAUUUGAGAAAAGUUCAGUGUUUGCAUGCAGUGGAUGGUGACACUGUGCAGCACUGCCCCAGGAAGCACCUCCAAUGGCUGUCUGAGUAGUGGCCACUUGAGGUAGCUUGUGUAGAUAGUUGCAUUUUUCAAUUUGUGCAUCCCAACUUUUUGAGACCAUUUUUCUUUUUGCACUUACUGACACUUUAAUCUUUUGUUACCCCCAUUUGGAAAUUUAUGAAUUGUUUUUUCUAAUUCAUCACACUGGCUUCUCUUCCGCUCUCCAAUGCUGACAGAUUGAAAGGGAAGAGCUUGUUAUAAUAGGCAGCCAUGAUGGAUAUGCCCCGUUGCAGGUUAAACCUAAAUAUUUUGAAUAUUUCCAUUUUUAACUUUGUGUUUUAAGUAUACACAAACCUAUUUUUACAAAAUUAGAUUAAGUGGAAGCUAAUAUGGAUCCAAAAAUGAAUCUUAGGGCAGUGAAGGGGUUAACCCUAGUUGAGGAAUACGGAUAAAAAAGAAACACUGUUCUAUAUUUAGAUAGAUUAAAGGAGCACUAUAGGGUCAGGAACACAAACUUGUAUUCCUGACCCUUUAGGGUUAAAACCGCUAUCUGGGCCCUCAUGCCUCCAUAAAUAUAGCAAAAUCUUACUGUAUUCAAGCCUGAAGCUGUAGCUCUGCAUGCUGCUUGCCUCAGAAAAACAAGCAGUCUGCUGACAUCAGGAGUGGUAGCCUGAUCCAAUCACAAUGCUUCUCCAUAGGAUUGUCUGAGAUUGACAAGGAGGCAGAGCCAGCACAAUUCAAACACAGCUCUGGCCAAUCGGCAUCUCCUCAUAGAGAUGAAUUGAAUCAAUUAAAUUAAUUGAAUCAAUGAAUCUCUGAGGAAAGUUCAGGGUCUGCAAGCAGAGGGAGGAGAUACUGAAUGUUUGAAUGCAUUUUAGGCAGCCAUGACCCAGGAAGGAUCCCUAACAGCCAUCUGAGGAGUUGUCAGUGAAGUGAUCAGUAGGCUGUAAUGUAAACACUGCAUUUUAUCUGAAAAGACUGUAUUUACUGCAAAAAGCCUGAAGGUAAUGAUUCUACUCACCAGAACAAAUUCAACUAGAAAAGCUACAAUUUCUGGUGAAAUUGUGUGAAGUGUUCUUGCCUCCACCAGUAGUCUACAACUGGAGUGGGCGGAGUAACUGUUAUCAUUUAUAUAGCACAUUUAAUUGCAACGUUGUUGCACAGUUACAUUAAACCAUACAUUUAUAAAAACAUUAGCAGGUGUUCAAAAGGCCCUGUCUAUGACAUCACUUGCUGCUGCAGCCUGGCACAGGUCAGAGUAUUUUGGCAGUUGCCAUCUAAAAACAGUCGUAUUUUAAAAACUAUCAAUCCUACAGCGAAGAGCUUUAUAUUGUGAGAAUCACAAGACCCAGACCUACAUUUAGAUGCAUAGUAUGUCUCUGAAGUAUUAAAAAUGAAGGCACAGUCGCAGUUUAGUAAUUGCACUUCAAAUUUGAGCUUUGUAAAGUGAAGUUUCAAUGAAUGUCAAUGGACGGCGUGAGUUGCAAACAAAUGAUUAUAUUGUGAAAACUAUCAGGACUAUGGCUUAGCCGUUGACUUGUUUAGUGGCAGCAGGGAUAGCUGAACGUUUUGUUAUAAGAUUUGUGUAGGUGGGCCUGAAAAUAAGGGAGUGGUGGCAGUUUAGAAAUCAUGUCCUGAUUUUUCAGCUUUUGCCAGCUCCCACUCUAGCUUUACCAUUCAUUCCUAUGGGACAAAUUUCGCCACAAGAACGACGAUAUUCCGUGAACCAUUCGGCGAAACGUUCCACAAAGUAAUAGCAAUCUGAUCGGGAACAAUCUGCACGUUUUGGUAAAUUUUUGUCUAUGUAGUGUAAAAACUGUGGGAGGAGUUAGGGUGGCAAAUUUUGCUAUAAUAUUAUUAAUAUUAUUAAUAAUAAUAAUAAUAAUAUUAAUAAUAAUAAUGAUAAUGAUAAUAAUGAUGAUAAUGAUAAUAAUGAUGAUAAUGAUAAUGAUGAUAAUAAUGAUGAUAAUGAUGAUGAUAAUGAUAAUAAUAUAUAUGUGAGAACAUUAAGUGGUCUUGCUAUGCAAGAACACUUAAUAAUAUAUAUAUGUGAGAUAACAUUAAGUGGUCUUGCUAUGCAAGAACACUUAAUAAUGAGAUAACAUUAAGUGGUCUUGCUAUGCAAGAACACUUAAUAAUGAGAUAACAUUAAGUGGUCUUGCUAUGCAAGAACACUUAAUAAUGAGAUAACAUUAAGUGGUCUUGCUAUGCAAGAACACUUAAUAAGCUGUAGUUGUUCUGGUGACUAGUGUCCCUUUAAUCUUAAAACAUAACUGUUUUAAUAAUGAAAUAUAUAUAAAAGUAGAAAGCUAAAUUUUAAAAUGAAAGUUAUUUAAAUAAACCUAAAUAUUCUCCCUUUCCCCCUCCCCUCUUUGGGAUGGGGAAAUAUUUUGAGAGAAUCACUUUAUAGUGAAUUUGCUAUUUCACAUUGCAUGCAGUUUUGACAACUGUUUAGGUGAUAUGCAUUCACUGCUUGGCAUAUCUCUUGGAUCUUAGUACUUUGUAACAGUUGCAAAAGAACCUUUCAGUUCAAUUUGUAUUUAUGCUCUUCAUGGUGUUAUUAGCAUCGCUAUACUUUCUUGCAACAUUAUUCAGUUACAUAGUCUAGUUCUAAUCUGAAGAUCCUGUAUUUAUGCUCUCCCUCGGAUAUAUUCACAGUAAAUUAAAGUUUCGUGUUGUAGAUGGAUCUUCAGAUUAGAACUAGACUAUGUAACUGAAUAAUGUUGCAAGAAAGUAUAGCGAUGCUAAUAACACCAUGAAGAGCAUAAAUACAAAUUGUCUGAACUGAAAGGUUCUUUUGCAACUGUUACAAAGUACUAAGAUCCAAGAGAUAAGCCUAGCAGUGAAUGCAUAUCACCUAAACAGUUAUAACGGAGUUGUCAAAACUGCAUGCAAUGUGAAAUACCAAAUUCACUAUAAAGAAAUUUUUCUCAAGAUAUUCUCCCAUCCCAAAGGUCUGCUAAAAACUCCAAUCUUUUUACAAAAUUGAAAAGAUGGAGAUUUGGAUAACUGUUAUUGAUAGUAUGCGUUGAAAUAUGAUUGAAAAUUAUCUAAUAGAUAUGCUUCUAUUCAUCUGUGCCUUCGAGGGCAACUAUACAUUUCUAAACUAGCUCCCUAACGAAAAAAAACCCUGCAAGAAGCAAUUGAGAAUCCACUAGAUUGCAUGUAUUUCUCGGCAACAUAUAAUCCGCCUUGAUUUGCAGUGGGCUAGACAGCCCGAAGCCCCAGCCACCCAAAGUAUUUUAAAUAAAUUAGAUAAGUGCGUCUAAUAGUAACUGCUAAAGUAGGCAAGGUAAGGAGAAUUGCUAGAGAGGCUGAAAUGAAAAUUAUUUCAAUAACUUUUCAUUUAAACAUUUAGCUUUCUAUUUUUAGAUAUUUAAUUAUUCAAAGUUAUGUUUUAAGAUUAAUAUUUAUCUAAAUAUAGGACAGUGUUUUUCUUUUUUGUUUGUACUCACAAACCUUUUUGUUAAAUAUAGGGGAACAAUAUCGAAAAUGCUGGGACAUGACUAUUCCAUUUUAAAAACCUUAAAAUGGUAAACUAGUCUAGGAAAAAUAUUUUAAACUAAACAAAUUUUGGAUCAUUGGCAAAAAAGUCAUCAUGGGCUUAUGCUGUGUUGGGAAUCACUACCCGGUGUCAAUAACAAGGCAAUUUACUAGGGAUCGACCGAUAUUUUUUUUUGUUUGUUUUUUUUUGUCUGUGUUUUUUUUGUUUGUUUUUUUUGUUUUUUAGAGCCGAUAUCAGUCUGUGAACUUUCAGGCCGAUAACUUGCCAAUAUUCUGUACGUUUACCAUUUUGAAAAAAUAAACAAUUUCUAAAGGUAAAUGCACAAAAUAUACAUGCCACAUGUAGUGGACACAGUGUGUUUAGACAGGGGAGCUGUGUGUUUGUCUAGUGGGUGCACUGUGUAUGCGAGGCUCUGAAGGGAUGUAAUUUGUGUCCAUUUAAAUGUAGUACUCAUUUGGCAAAAGACAAAACAAAGCUUUGCUGAGAAUGCUAGCAAAUGUUUACCCUGCCUGGAAUCUGAUUGAAACUAUGCUGCUCUUAUCUCUUUGAAUUUUCAGAAAAUCAUCUCUGCACUUGUUACCAAUUUUAUUCUUAAUAUUUAUUUGAUUUAAUAUUUUUUUUGUUCCCACCUCCCUGCUUGUUACCUGGCCAGUGAGGGGGAAUAUGGCAUUCCCUGGUGGUCCAGUGGCAUGGAUGUGCAGUGGGGGGGCCGGCAGCAAGCUGUUACUUGCCUUUCCAGCAGCUCACUUCAUCUCUCUUCGUAAAUCUCGCGGCCUGCGUGCUGCGCGCAGCGUUGCUAUGGUAACCCGCAGGACUCGUGAGAUUUGACAUGGGAGCUGAAGGAGCUGCUGGGAGGGUAGUAAUGAGCCCAGGGAUCCUGGGAGGUAUUAUCGGCAAUAUCUGUAUCUAUAUUGGCCGAUGCCGAUAUUGCCGAAAAUACAGAAUAUCGGUCGAUUCCUACAAUUUACUCCUCUGAUCAUGUAACCUCAACUGCUGUCUAUUACUUGCUGCCCAAUUCUAAACUUUUCCUGCAACUGUCAUUCACCAAGCCUUAUUCUUCUUACAACUUCCAAGCCACGCAGAAAUAUAUAAUGAAGCCCUUGAUUAAUAAGCAUGUCAUUAAGAUCUAAACAUUUGUGCAUUAAAUUUUGAGUGCCAAGAUUUUACUGCACAAAUCUGCUGUAUGACUUGUGCACUUAAUAUACAUUUAGAUACCAUCAGAUCUUAUUUUUAAAUUUGCUGACUGCAGCAAUAAACUAUUUUAAAAUUGCAAUAAACAAAAAGUAAUCUGUAAUGGAACGCUUUUUAUUUUGGUAACAAUGAUUAACUUUUUGUAGGUCAACGCAAACCUGCUACAUCCUAUGAAAAAAUAACCAUCAACAAGAACUCCCGCGCUACUUUAAGCAGCUUGCGCCACAUUAUCCGCAAGAAUAACUACAGGAAGGACCUCCGCAUGGUGAGUGAGAAAAUGCAUAUUAUCCUUAACACUCCAAAGAAGAAAAAUCUUUCAAUGCAUCACUCUCUUUUUACUAUUUUAAGGAGGAUGCUCUGUCAAGAAAAUAUAAAGUUAUUGCCUUAAGAAAACACUCUAAAUACCAUAACCAUUCAAGCCACUCCCUGCCUCCGCCACAGCUACAGGAGAGCUGAAGCUCCUGUUUAAGUACUGUAUUUUCUGGCGUAUAAGAUGACUUUUUAACCCUGGAAAAUCUUCUCCAAAGUCGGGCAUCGUCUUAUACGCCAGGUAUAGGCCCUGCGCCCCCAUCGCCUGCCUUUCUAAUGCUGCAGCCGCCUGAGCGCUCCAUAGAGAGCGCUCAGACGGCUGCCGCACUGCCUCUCUUCUCACCUCCCCUUCCCUGUGCAGAGUGGGUGGCCGAGCUCCCCUUCGUCCUGUCAGUCCGGCCGGGUACCGCUUUUUUUUAUAUUUUUUUUUUGUUUUGUUUUUCAAAUCAGUCAUCCCUUGCUGAUUCCGUGACAUUUUUUAUUUUGUUUGUUUUGACUUCUGGUACAUUUAAUGGUCACUCUAAGAAUCGGCUUUGCAUCAUUACAAUGUUAUGAUAAUAGAAUAAUAGUAUGAGUAGUACCCUGUUAUCACAGAAUGCUGUAUUCCUGCAGCAUAUACACUCACUAGUUAGAAACCUGCUCUUCGAUUACCACAUCUCAAGGUGUUCUACAUAUAGAUCAGGCUUCCCCAAACUCAGGCCCACCAGAUGUUGCUGAACUACAACUCCCAUGAUUCUAUGAAUGAAAUAGGCUGAGAAUCAUAAACUUGGUGUAACCUCAUAUUCAGCGGUCUUGGCAGUGCGAAAUGGGAUUUAAACUACAUAGCACAUUAAGAUUGUAAACUUGUUUGAGCAGGGCCCUUUUCACCUCUUGUCUGAGAUAUUUGACAAGUCAUUUACCUACAGAAUAUAACAAUGUUAUAAUUUUAAAGCACUGGAAUGUGCUAUCACUAUGUAUAUAACAAUAACAGAACUUAUUUUGUCAAUAGCUUAUAAAAUUGUGGUUACAUUAGAAAUCAGCACAUUUUGUACUGGAUGCUAGAGCUCGCUGGGAUACAGUGUGCCUUAAUUAUCACCUUGUAGGAAGCCACUGAAAGUCUGUUGGGCUGAGAGGGCAGGCUUGAAAAGUUGCAUUAAGCAGGUCUGGAGUCUUGUUCAAUUCUCCCUACCAAUAUUUACCACCAAAGAAAAGUGCAGAAAAAAAGUACAUCUACUAGUGAAGUCAGUGGAGUGUUUCUUUAAUCUUGGCUAUCUGCACAAAUAUGAACUUUGUUAUUGAAAUGCUUACUUUUUCUAAGAUCUCAUGCUUUAUUCUCGUGGGGGGGGUCAUUCCCUGUCUAUGUAAGCAAACUACAUAACCUGCAUUCAUUUCAUGUCAGCAAGGUUUAAAGGGUUAUGUGUUAUCCCUCGGUAGGCUAACCUCAUUACAGCAGCCUUGGCAAAAGCCUGUUGAGAAAUGCACAGGGAGUGACUGACUGAAUUUUUAGCAUUGUGAGGAUUAAAGGGACAGUAAGCACCCAAGACAACCUUAUCUCAUUUUUUGGGCUGGUGAUGCAGGGGCAGAAGAACCCUGUAGUUUGGAAUGCAUUGUAUUUCAAACCCUAAAGUGUAUCCCUUUAAAUGGGUUGGGCACAUACAUUUAAAGGGACCCUAUAGUCACCAGAACUACAGCUUAAUGCAGUUUUUCUGGUGAGUAUAUUAGCUCCCUUCAGGCAUGUUCAUGUAAACACUGCCUUUUCAGAGAAAAGGCAGUGUUUACAUUGCCCCUAGGGACACCUCCAAGUGGACACUCCUCAGAGGGCCUCUGGACAGCUUCCAGGCUCGGGGCUGCAUAGUAGGCAGCCCUGCCGUUCAGCGUCCCCCACACUCUGCAUGGGGACGCUGAAUUUUCCUCAGGCGAAUUGAUUUAAUGCAUCUCUAUGAGGAGGUGCUGAUUGGCCAAAACGGUGUUUGGUCCUGCUCCCUUGCUGUUUUUAGCCACUCCAAUGCUUUCCCCAUGGGAAAGCAUUAGAUUGGUUAAAAAUCAGCAAUUUGAUGUCACCAAGGGGGGUGUGGCCAGCGCCGGCAGACCCGUGAUGAGCUGAAAAUAAGUUGUUUUAACCCAUUCUGAGGUGGCUACGGGCAGGGAAAGCCACCUAACUGGUGGGUUUUCACUAUAGGGUCAGGAAUACAUGUUUGUGUUCCUGACCCUAUAGUGAUCCUUUAACUCACUGCAGCAAACUUAGAACUAUGAAGAUCUGACUGAGACCAGUAGUUAUUGGAAGUCUGUGCAGGGAGAGAAACUAAUUUGUGUCUAGAUCUGCAUAUAGUUGCCAGAACAACUACAUCUUUAGAGUAGUUUUGGUGUGUUUAGUAUGUCUCUGCAAGCCUUUUGUUUGGAGAAAAGGAAGUGUUUACAUUAUUACCUAGUAAUCUCUCUGCAGUGUGCAACACUGACAUUCAGCGUCUCCACGACGUUAGGUGUCAAGUUCAGUUUAAGGGGGGAAAAAAUAGAGAUCUCUAUACACAUCACUCAGCAGAUUAAUCUUGCCAACACAAGGUGGCAGUCUGUGUUAUAAAAUUACUGACCACAAUGCUACUGUAAAGAUAAUCUAUAUUUUAAUUGUAAGGUCAAAUUGUUUCUUCUUGGGGUUUUUUUUUUUUUGAGUGCUUGUUAAGGUAGUAGUUGGGAGCUUGGAUCUGUGGAAUAAACCAAAAAAAUUUUUUAAUACAUGUGAUUACCAUUGUAAACUUUUUAUCAUGUAAUGAUCUGAUGCAAAAUAAAGUUCCACCUUUUUUCAUUCCUCUAGGCUGCUCUCAGACGUGCAAGUGCUAUCCUAAAAAGUCAGAAACCUGUUGUGGUGAAAAAGAAGCGCACCCGAACUGCCAAGACUGCAUAAUUUGUUCUGCAGAAUGCAUAAUAAAAAUGAUUCUACAAACCUGAACAUGGGAGUGUUUUUUUUUUUUUUUGUUUUUUUUUCUUCCUUUGUGGUUUAUAGUCUUUGUGCCAGUAAUUUCUUACUUUUAAAUUUGUGAUGCU